AUGAAAGUUUCGGCGUACACGGGAAUGAAUCUACGAGGAGAGGUGAGAGAGAGCAUCUCUCUGGACGAAGACGAUCUCAGCGACGUGGAAGACGAGGUGUUCAUAAGAGACGGGAAAACGGGAUACAAGUUUGCUGAUGAUUUAACCGUCAAACGACCGCUAAUGGCUACUCGAAGAAAUGGAACCCGGUCCGAGGGCUUGAGCACCUCCAGAUUCAAACAGAAGCCCAUCUGCAGGGACUUCUGCAAGCCGUGUUGCUAUGUAUUCGCAGCGCUCAGUAUAUUAAUUGGUUUAAUAAUCGUAGUGGUGGUGCUAGUUUCGAUUUAUCCUUUGCCGCUGGACAAGCUUAAAGACUGGUUGAUAAAAAAAUCGCCCAAAGCGGACGAUUCCAACGCCAAUGAGCUGUUCCCUUGCGAUAGUUUGAAAGUAGUAGACGUGUGGUCGGCCAGUUUGCCCAAACUUACGACCGAUUCUCCUGUUCGAGUUCUGGAUGUCAACGGGGAUGGAUCUGAUGAUGUUAUUUUCGGUUUUGGCACAGGUGAUAAUUAUAACACUCUGCCUCCUGAUAUAUUUUGCCCGGUGUACAUGGGCGUGCCGCAUCCCUGCGAAGGGGGAAUUAUAGCUCUAAAUGGUUUAACGGGCGAUAUAAUUUGGAGACAUUGGUUAAACGAUACAAUUUUUUCGGUGCAUUGCACGGUGGAUGUGAACGGUGACGCGCAGAACGAUUGCCUGAUAAUAGGAACAAAAGGAACAAUAGCAAUGGUUGAUACCAAAAACGGUACGACAAUUUGGGUUUUAAAUAAAGGAAAAUUGGACGUGUUCGUGGCUUCUUUCAUUCCGGAUCAAAACAACGAUUCGAUACCAGACAUUAUUGCUUCGCAUUCGUCGUUGAGCACUGAACGAGACGGUCAUUUGGUAUUAUUGUCCGGUAAAACCGGCGAGGAAUUGAAGAACGUAAGAACACCCGGAGACGCCAAAAUAUUUUACAUGCCUGAGAUACUCGUACAAAAUAACAAAUCCUUCGUUAUAUUCGGCACCGGAUCUCCCACAAGUGGAGGAAAUUUAACAGCCGCGCCAUUUACGGACAUUUCUAUCGGCGUACUGAGCAACGCCACUAAAAACUUGUACGAAGACAAAUUCAAAGGCGUACUGAUCCAAUCGGUGCUGGUGGAUAUAACCGGUGACGGCACGCCCGAUAUAAUCACUGCUAUGUAUAACUCAACUUUGGUGGCUAUCAAUGGCGAAAAUUUCAAGCAAAUUUGGAAUUACACGGUGCCCGGUCCCAAUCCCGAAACCAAUAUCAGUCCCACGCCUGCUUACUUCAAUUUCGACAACGUUACCGAUUUUCUGAUCAUUUACCAGAAAUACGACGAUAUAUUGAACUACAAUUACACCCAAACUUUUAUUAUCGAUGGUAAGACCGGAACGCCCAUAUAUAAACCCAUAACUGGCGGUGUAAUAACGCAAUCCAGCGGUUUGAGCGUCAGUUUAGAAUCCCACGGUUACGAUAUGUACUUAUUUUGGACUUCUGAAUGCGUUAAAUUCGACAAAACUCCAUUUAAAGGAGUUAAUGAUGCUUAUGGGGAGUGUUUAGAGCACAACAACAACACGCUAGGUUUAAAAUUGAACGCUUUAAGUCAAUUCCACCAACCCCCAGGAUUUGUCAUUUACAAUUCAAUGGAAAAAGUGCAAAACCAGCUGAGCAGCGAUGUAUCCGCGAUAAAGCAAUUGAAGGAGUAUUACAAAGCGCAUUCGAAAAUCCACAUUACCAAUCAGGGCCAAUCGGAAGUGAACGAAAAUUACAAAGUCGAUUCAGUCCCAAUAGGUAUCAAAAAAUACGGCUCCUCGAGUUUUAGACACAAAGACAGGAAACCCCCGCAAAAUUACGUGGACGACGAGAAUUUACCCGAAGAAAGAGACACACCUCUGCUCGACCAAGAUUACGACAAUUACUACCCCUCCAUGGAAGAUCCGAUCGGGUACAACCCAAUCGAGGAAAGAUCAAACAACAGGGACCCCCGAAGCAAAGAUAACAAACUGAACACCACGAAGAAGAAGAACCUAUCGGAGAGCCCUAAAGGAAUAUACGACUUUGCCAAUGUUCUCAGGUCUGAGAAUCGCCUUCUGCACGAUGUCGACUACGUCCCUACGGAGAUUUUGAAAGAUACCUACGUGAAAAACGAGGAGAUGCGGCUGAGGAAGUCGCGGUUCGAGCAAAGAGACGUCAACAAGCACGUGGAUAAAAUCAAAGAGAAGGAGGAAAUACAGAACAUCAUUAAGAAGCAAAUCGAAGAGGCCAAGAAGAACGAAUCCUUGACCCUGUGGGACUUGGAAUCCGAGAAAGAAAUGAAAGAAUGGUUGGACAGACAAUACAGAGGUAAAAGAGAAGCUAAUUAUACCUCUGAAGGACGUGUUAAAGUUACAUCAGUAGGUGCUAUAUUGGAUUCUAUUAAUAAAUCAAACGCGUCUAAUUCAUUCGAUGUAGUUUUCAUAACUUAUUGGCAACCGACCACGAAAAAUAUGCAAGACUUCCUACAGCAGGCCAUGCAAGAAUGCAUACAAGAUAAAUUCGAAAAAGAUAAAACAUCGCACGCUUACCAGAAAACCACCGACAAAGAGCAACGCGAACUCUUCAGAAGCGAGUGUCUUGAGGAGCAAACCAGCCUAAGCAGCGAGUUCGAUUUCUUCAAUCGCCUCAACCGGCUCAAACUCGGCCAAAUGACGGUGUAUCGAUUGAGAAUCGAGUGCGAUUGCGUCAAUAAAAAACGCUGCGCCAAAUUUUUGCCCAAGAGCCAGCAGAGCUGGCCCAGUUAUUUGGGUAAAGCAGGCGAUGGGGUGUUCCUUACCAGGGCUUGA